CAAUCUUACGCCGUGACAGUCGCUGCCGCAGGCUCGCCAGUGCCAGUGCUCGUUUCAUAAGUGAUACCCAGUACAGUUUCCGUUAUAAGUUCAUUGUUCUUCAUUAGAUCGUUGGUGACUACCUACUACUACUACUAGUAGUUAUACUCGACAUCACUCAACGACUCCGAGUGAAGCUGUAGAAACCACUCUCUCCUUGCGAUACCCACUCUGCCUUUCCGAUUGAAGUGUCUGUCAAAAGUGUGUCUACAGAUCUAUCCCGUCAUGGCCCAAUCAGGAGGACACUGGCACCCCAAUCCACAGCUCAUGCAGCAAAAUUCUAUUCCACAGGGUUGGCAAGGCACCUGGCCGCCACCAGCUGGCGUUGCUCUUCCUCCAAACUUCCCUGGUCCACCACCUAUGCCACCUGGCGCCAACACCCACCCCCAUUGGAAGGCUGGUUUCUGGCAGUAUAACCCUACCUAUAACAUGAAUGCAGGUUCUGGUGUUCCCUGGGCACCCGGCAUGGGGUGGGCUCAGAACGUCCCUGCUAACUUUAAUCCUUACAAGCGCGUCCCUCGUCCUCCAAGUCCGAGCUACUGGAAGACACAGCUCUCCGACAAUGGCCUUGGUUUGGAGAACAUGGUCCCUGCAAGAACAGAUCGAGAUCGAGAAUCUACCAGGGAUGUGCAAGGGGAUGCUGUGCCACAAACUCCCUGGAUAUGGAAUCCUCCGAGUCUAUUGCCGACGUCGGAUGGAGCAGACCGUGCUACCCCAACGAGGGACUUCAACAAUCGUCGGAGCUCGCAAGAUAGCAUUCGGAGCAAUUCGACCCCGGCCAGUUAUGGGCCAUCACAAAGAGGUUCGCAAGACAGCCAUAACACUACAAGUGCGGGCACACCUGUACGAGACUAUUUUUACAGUCAUCCAGCCUCAAGACACGGUUCUGUAGACAGCCUCGGCUCACGCUCACAGGGCUUCAGCCAACAUUCCAUCUCUUCGGCAACCCCGCCACCACCAUCGUCACACGGUCGUAUGAAUUCGAUUUAUUCAAGUCGAACAUCAUCAUCCGGACCGCAAUUUGUGCCCCCCUUUCCAGCUCCGCCAUCUUCAUCUUCGUCUAUGUCAACGGCCAUAUCGUCAUCGGCAACCCGCGUGCAACAGCCUCUUCAGGCACCCAUGUUCACCAGAGAGCCAGAGUCAUUUAUGAGGUCGGACCUUCAAACGACAUCCUCAUCCAAUGUCGGACGGACCCCUACACACUAUCCAGGGACGCGCAGACAUACCGAUGAGGCUCUCGACCAUCCGUCACGCUCCUCUUCAGCGCCUCAUACGAGCGCCUCUGCUUCCCGUGGCCUUUCAGUGCCGGAACCCCUUUUGCGGCAUCAUUCACUUCCAACUACAUCAUCACCGCCUUCUAUUGGUUCGCUGUCCACAUUUACGGAGGAUAUGGGUAGUGUACUGAGCCCCCUCAUUAACUCUGCGCAAAGAUCCGCUGCUCCUUCUUCAUUAACACGGAGUAGGACAGAGCCUGUAAUUCCGCCUGCCCAUUUAUCUACCAUUCCAGAGUCUAUGUCAUCAUCUAGCCAUUCGAGCGCAGAAGACUUCUUUUAUCCUCUAUCUGCACCUCCAGAUUCUGAUGAAGAAUCGCCAGAAUCAUCACCGUUGCGUAAUCGUGUUCGUACGCGAGAGAUAGAACGUGAACGGGAGAGAGAACGCGAGCGACAUAGAGAAAGAAGCCGAUCAUACGAAAGAGCGAAUCAUCUGACGCCAUACCGCAAUGGUUCGCGGUCCUCAAAUCCUCUCCCGCCACCACCGAUGGAGCGCCCCAACCCGGUUGCGUCUGCACCGCCUCAUCAGUCCCCAGAGCCCGCGCACUAUACGCGACGCAUACGGAAGGGGUUCUGGAACCGGCGUGGGGAUUACCUCACGUCUAAUUCGUAUGUUGUUUAUGCACCAGAGGAAAGGGCGUAUCCUGCGGAGUUGCAGCAUUACCCCAGCGAGACGGAAGGAUAUAAAGAUCAGUAUGGUGCCUUUGUGCCGUAUCUGGCGGCGAGGCCAGAGUUACCUGCUAGUCUGCCAUAUCAUGGACGACCUCCAGCGCAGCCGUAUGAUAGCUUUGUUGUCUACAGUUAUUAUUGAGGAGGAUGGGAGGGAUAAUUUACUCGUUGUUGUCGCAAGCGAUUGGUGGAUACCGGAGCAUACAUACAACAGAUCUAUUACAUUGUAUAAAUAGAUUCAUAAAUGCCACAGACAGGACA